AUGAAUUCAUUCUCAAAUCUCGCGAAUCCCGAGAAUCCUUAUCAAACAACUCAUAUCCCUUGUGAUCCUUUUCAAAAUCUCCAACAACCCGUGUACUCCACAACGUUUCAUCAAGAAUUCCCUGCAAUAAAUUGUUCUGAAAAUUUUCUUUAUAGCCCUCAGAAAUUUUUUGCAAGUGCUGAUGCUGAAAAGAGGUAUCGAGAAAAGCGCUCACGCAACAAUCAGGCCGCUCAGAAAUCGCGAAAAGUGCGUAAAGAACGAGAAAAGCAAGCUGUCUAUCGUGUGACGAUUUUGGAACAAGAGAAUCAAUCUCUAAAGCUGCAAUUGGAUCAAGUUAAGCAGCAACUCCACUAUGCUACUCAACGUCUUAUCCAAAUCAAUGCACCAUUAAAUAAUUCUUUA